GGCAGCCCCUGGCCGGCGCCCGCGUCGGGUGCGGCGGCCGGGCCGGACAGUCGCGUUCCCGCCGCGUCCCGCGCCCGGUCCCUAUGGAGGCGCCGCUCGCCGGCGAGGCCGCCGACCAUGCCUAGGAGGGCCGGGAGCGGGCAGCUGCCGCUACCCCGGGGCUGGGAGGAGGCCAGGGACUACGACGGCAAGGUCUUCUACAUCGACCACAACACCAGGAGGACCAGCUGGAUCGACCCCCGGGACAGGUUAACGAAGCCCCUGUCGUUUGCUGACUGCGUGGGGGAUGAGCUGCCCUGGGGCUGGGAAGCAGGGUUCGACCCUCAGAUUGGCGUCUACUACAUCGAUCACAUCAACAAAACCACACAGAUUGAAGAUCCGAGAAAACAAUGGCGGGGGGAGCAGGAGAAGAUGCUCAAGGACUACCUCUCGGUGGCUCGCGACGCCCUCCAGACCCAGAAGGAGCUGUACCACGUGAAGGAGCAGAGGCUGGCUUUGGCCCUGGACGAGUACGUGCGGCUGAACGACGCCUACAAGGAGAAGUCAAGUUCUCACACAAGCUUGUUCUCAGGAUCAUCAUCUAGUACUAAAUACGAUCCUGAUAUUUUAAAAGCUGAGAUCUCCACUACGCGACUAAGGGUUAAAAAGCUGAAGAGGGAACUCUCACAGAUGAAGCAAGAAUUGCUCUAUAAAGAACAAGGCUUUGAAACGUUGCAACAAAUUGAUAAAAAAAUGUCCGGAGGCCAGAGUGGCUAUGAACUCCGUGAAGCCAAAGCCAUUCUAACCGAACUGAAAUCGAUCAGAAAGGCUAUUAGCUCAGGAGAGAAAGAAAAACAGGAUCUGAUGCAGAGCCUCGCCAAGCUGCAGGAGCGGUUCCACCCGGACCAGAACAUGGGCAGAUCCGAGCCAGACCUGCGGUCCAGCCCUGCGAACUCUCAUCUGUCCCUCUCCAGACAGACCCUUGACGCCGGCUCCCAGACCAGCAUCUCCGGAGAUAUCGGAGUGAGAAGCCGGUCAAACUUAGCUGAAAAGGUCAGGCUGAGCCUACAGUAUGAAGAAGCCAAAAGAAGCAUGGCCAACUUGAAAAUCGAGUUGUCGAAAUUGGACAGCGAGGCGUGGCCCGGGGCGCUGGAUGUUGAGAAGGAGAAGCUGAUGCUGAUUCAUGAGAAAGAAGAACUCUUGAAAGAGCUUCAGUUCGUCACGCCACAGAAGCGCACCCGGGGCGAGCUCGAGCGGCUGGAAGCCGACCGGCAGCGCCUGGAGGAGGAGCUGCUGUCCGUGCGGGGCGCCCCCAGCCGGGCCCUGGCCGAGAGAUUGAAAUUGGAAGAGCGAAGGAAAGAGCUUUUACUGAAACUUGAAGAAACUACCAAAUUAACCACGCAUCUGCAUUCACAGCUGAAAAGCCUCUCCGCCAGCACCCUGUCCAUGUCGUCCGGGAGCAGCCUCGGCUCCCUGGCCUCUAGCCGGGGCUCCCUGAACACCUCCAGCAGAGGGUCGCUCAACUCCCUCAGUUCCGGCGAGCUCUAUUACACCGGCCAGGGCGACCAGAUAGACGCAGAUUAUCAGUAUAAACUGGACUUCCUCCUGCAAGAGAAGGGCGGCUACAUUCCUUCCGGACCCAUCACCACCAUCCAUGAAAACGAAGUGGUCAAGUCCCCCGGCCAGCCCGGCCAGGGCGGUCCCUGCAGGGCGGCCGCCGCAGCAGCAGGCCCCACGGCCCCGCUGGCCGAGGCCCCCAAGUCGGUGACGUCCCUGUCCUCACGGUCCUCCCUCUCCUCCUUGUCCCCGCCGGGCUCUCCCUUGGUGUUAGAAGGCACGUUUCCCCUGUCCUCUCACGACGCUCCUCUCCAUCAGUUCACCACCGACUUCGACGACUGUGACCUGAGCAGCCGUUUUGCAGACAUGGGCCUGGGUGAGAGUCAGGCACUGCUGGACCCGGACUCGGGCGGCGCGGCCCAGCCUCUCCUGGCGGACAAAGACCUCCACGAAUGUGCCCGGGAGCCCUUCUAUGAAGGAACGGCAGAUGUGGAAAAGUCAUUACCAAAACGGAGGGCGGUCCACGUGCUUGGGGAGAAAACGGCCUGCGUGUCGGCUGCCGUGUCCGACGAGUCGGUGGCUGGAGACAGCGGCGUCUACGAAGCUUUCGUGAAACAGCCGAACGAGGUGGAAGACGUUCCCUAUGGGGAGGAGGAUGCUGCAGUCGUCGUGGAGACGGCCCAGGUGCAGAUCGGACUCAGAUACGACGCAAAAAGGUCAAGUUUCAUGGUGAUUAUAGCACAACUCCGAAAUCUCCAUGCCUUCCUGAUACCUCAUACUUCGAAAGUGUAUUUCAGGGUCGCGCUGCUCCCCUCCUCAGCGGACGUCAGCUGCCUGUUCCGGACAAAAGUCCAUCCAGCCGCGGAGGCCCUGCCGUUCAGCGAUAUGUUCCGAGUGGCCGUUCCCCAAACGGCCCUGCAGCAGAAGACACUACGGGUAGACCUCUGCCGCGUGGGCGCCCACCGGAGGGAAGAGUGCCUGGCUGGGACCCAGAUCAGCUUGGCAGACUUACCACUGUCCAACGAGAGCUUCACUCUGUGGUAUAACUUGCUUCCUUCUACACAAAUGCCUUCCAAAAAGAAUGGGGAUGAACAUGAGGAUUCUGUGUUUCAACCAAACCCGCCGUUAGUGGAUCCUAUAGACUUGGAUGCAGUGUCAGCCUUGCUUGCAAGAACAUCAGCUGAGCUGUUGGCUGUGGAACAAGAACUAGCCCAAGAAGAAGACGACCCGGGGCAGGAAGAAGAGCAAAGGGGUCCAGAUGGAGAUCGGCUCACAAUGCUGCGAGAGGCCUCCGAUGAAGUUGUAGCUGAAGAAGAGGCUGAAGGUGCGUGGCCAGAGGGCAGCAGCCACACAGCAGACCCAGGUGCCUGCCCGAGUGUGCCCGAGACGAACGAAGACAUGAGUGGGAGAGGAAACAGCUGUGCCAACGACCCCGGAAGCCAGCCCCCGCCUGGAGGGCCCACCCUGGUUGACAAAGAAACAAACACGGAGGAGGCGGAUGAUACCAGCCUGGCGGUUCGGCCCAAAGAGCGCGGCGGGCGGAGCGCGCGGCAGCGCCCGCUGGUGAGGAGCAGCGUCAUCGUGCGCUCGCAGACCUUCUCCCCGGGGGAGCGCAGCCAGUACGUGUGCCGGUUAAAUCGAAGUGACAGUGACAGCUCAACCCUGGCUAAAAAAUCUCUGUUUGUGAGAAACUCCACUGAACGGCGCAGUCUGAGGGUCAAAAGGGCGGUUUGCCAGCCCGUCCUCAGGAGAGCAGCGCAAGAGCGCCCCGAGCGCACGUCCCUGGACUUGGAGCUGGACCUCCAGGCCUCCCUGACGCGCCAGAGCCGCCUCAACGAUGAGCUGCAGGCCCUGCGGGGCUUGCGGCAGAAGCUGGAGGCGCUGAAAGCCCAGGGAGAGACGGGCCUCCCACCGGGCGUGCUGGAGGACGAGGGGUUCCAGCAGCUCCUGAAGCAGGCCGAGAAGCAGGCUGAACAGUCCAAAGAAGAGCAGAAGCAAGGUUUGAACGCGGAGAAGUUGAUGCGGCAGGUCUCCAAGGAUGUGUGCCGGCUCCGGGAGCAGAGCCGGAAGGUGCCUCGGCAGGUGCAGUCCUUCAGGGAGAAGAUCGCCUACUUCACCAGGGCGAAGAUCAGCAUCCCGUCCCUGCCAGCGGACGACGUGUGACGCCCGCGCUGAGGCAACAAGUGCCUCGCCUGUUCAUUUCUUCGGGAGGACAGAAGACUGAACAUUGGUUCCAUGGGUCUGUCUGGUGGGGGGGCGGGGUGUACUCUAACUGUCAACUCUGAAGGAGCUUUUAUUUCACGUCAGGAUCUCAACAUGGUAAUUUGUAAAGUACCUUGAAUGUAAUUUUUAUAUAAAAAAGCAAAAAAAAAAAUCAGAUAACCAAAUGGGAUAACCUGGUACACAGAUGUUGUACAGUAUGUGUGUAUUACCAAUGGGCUUUAUUUUGUAAAAAUGAAUUCAAGGCAGGACCCAGGGUAAAUCUUACUGACCCGGCUCUGGAGAAAGAACUCGCACAAAGUGGCUUUUGCUUUUCCUUUGCUUUCCCCUCAGUAGACCAGGGAGCUGGCCAGAGUGCCGGGAGGUGUUUUUGUCCCAGAGACCAGCUCUUUGCCCUUGGAAGCUAACCGUGAGCUUCGGUGCAGAAUUCCAAGCCACCUGCGUUCAUUUCCAUCACCUGGGUCAGGUUAAUAACAUGAUCGCACCUAAGGAAAAAGAGACUGUUUCCUGAAAACAGUCUCUUUUUUGUCCUUUUCUGUUGGUCUGCGGGAAACAAAAACAAAAUGCUGAGUUCAAGGACAGAAGAAUGCAAACAAAGGAGCAGUGCUCCUGGCUGCGCUAAAGACCCCGUGACAUUUGACAUGGAGGGCAGGAGAGGCAAGGAGAAAGCCAGGCACCCUGCCGCACACCGAUAAAGGCGCCCAGCUCGGCCCGAGUUGGGGAAAGCGUUCAGGCGUGAGUUUCUGGCCUGCACAAUAAUGUUAUGCCCGAGGUUUGAGGAUGGUGUCAGAAGAAUGUGGUGGCCCGAGAUCUGAGGACAGACAUUCUGAUGACGUGGAGGGAAAUGCAUCAGCGCUCAUUCCGUGAAACCAGGAAGAGAGGAAAGAGUAUCUUGAUUGAAUCAAAGUUGCCAAAAAAAAUUUUUAAAUCCUUCAUUAAACAGAUCGGUGACAUUGCGUAAGCAAUUACUUUGCAGCUCUCAUGUAAGGGGUCCUAUCUAUACCUUGUGGUGAGGAGUUGGGAGGCAAAGAGAAGAGAGUGCCUGGGGAGAUUCCUAAUUUGAAUACAGGCUAAGUCAUUUGUUUUAAAAAAAAAAAAAAAAAAAGCCAUUACAGAUGAACAAGUUUAGAGACAUGACCUGGCUAAAGGGUCUCCUGGUGUAGAAUUUUAGCUGACCCAACCCAAGCACUUCUUAAAAGAAACAAAACCUCAGUGUAGCUCUGCCAACAGAAAGGCUUUUAAAAUAAAUAGUUUUAUGCAAUUUAUCAUACUUAUUACUCUAUAAUACUGAAAGAGGUCAUUUUGGUUAGCCAUCUUUUUAUAGCAAACUACAUCCAUUUUUUUUAGAAAUGCAAAUGUCAUCUUGAAGGAAUGGGCCCCUUUAAAAACAUAGGCACACAUGCACGCACACGCAUGCGCAGGUUCUAUUUCUAAGCUAGAGUCCUCAUUAGCAAGAGCUUUUAUUGUCUUGAAAGUCAUCGCGCAUAUUUUAGGAAGUUCAUUUUACCAGACUCAAAAUUCAAAUGAAGCCAUGUCUGAGCCUAGGAUUUUAAUUAUUUUUCCUAAGUGUCCCACCACUUAUACACGAAUGUCUUCAAAGCUGUAACUGGACGUGACACUACUUUGAGCAAAAAACCAGCCUUGUGAAGGGACUGGGCACAGCCCUUCGGGUUGGCCAGUCCAUUCGAGCGGAUGACUGAGGGGAACCGGAAAAAGAAUGCCAUUCGUCCUGGUCAAGGUCCAAUGGGAAAGACAGAAGUUUAUUUAAUGUAGAAUUAAAUGAAGGUCAGCUGUUUUCAGCUUCUUAGUUUGACCACGAAAAUGUUUAUAGAAUUAUGUGUAGUUGUACCGUACGAUUUUAUUUUCUUCAUUUAUUUAUUUACGGUCUUAUUUAUGUUCUGUUUAAUAUAUAGUUCGGUUCUGGCCAUUUUAAAUGUUUGACAUAGAAGAGGCUAUAUGGGAAUAUUUACAGCUUUAUAAAUCUUCAUCAGAUUAGUUGUUAACUUUUUGUGAUACAAAAAGUUUCAGACAAAUAUAAAAGAAUAAAAUCUGUCUCAGGCUGGUAGUUAACACUUGUGACCAAGAUGCUUUCAGUUUUAUUUUACAAAAUUUGCUCAUUUCUAACAUGAGAGAUAAACUUAUUUUAAUAUAAUCCUUUUUCACACUUUAAAAAUCAGUAAUAGUGUUAUGUAUUUAUAGGCAGCUUUUAACAAUCCUGUCAUAUUUGUACUAACCCAAAUGAUUCACAGUGACAAAACACUUUAAUAACAUGAUCACAAAACCAUAUGGACAAUAUGAAUUUUAAUAUUAUAAAUACUAUUUUUUAAAGGUAGAAUUUAUUCUGCACAGGGUAAAAAGAAUGUAAUAUUUAGUUCUCAAGUUUGAAUUAUCAGUAUGUUAUUACAAUUUUGUAUAUCAGAAUCUAAGCAUUACAGGUACAAAAAGAAUAUUGCUAGCCAAAUGAACAAUGUUUAGCUGAAUCUCUGUAGCAUGCAAAUCAAAUAAAUUUAAAAUCUUUUUUUUUUUUGCUAUUACUUUAUCUAUAUUGUAUUAAAUAUCAAAAGCUCAGGACUGAACUAAAUAUUUAAUCAGGUUAAAUUCUGAAUAUGUUUCUGUUUUAAUUUUGUUUGUAAACG